GGAUCCGGAAGAAGGCCUCGUAAGAGUAGCGCAAUCUCAGUGCAAGAGAUCGAUUCAUCCUACAUUACAUCCACGUUGCCUUAACAUCAAGCUGACCUGGCAGUCACGGUCAUGAGCCUUCAUAUGGGAAAAGCAUCAAUAUUAGCAUGUUUGUUGAGCCUAGGUAAAGCGGGGGUAAAGCGCAACAUUGACAUUGUUAGUACUGGGCCGGCGCCGGUUGUAUAGCUGCGCAUUCCACGCAGUCAUUCCUUCUGUCAGUGGGUCCAUUGGCUUCAUCCUUGACUCUUGUUGCAAGAAACGCUAGAAGCCAACCGGCAGCGCAGUUGCCCCAAUGCUGUUAGCUACUGCUACAUUCCUAGAAAGCUACUUCUUGGAGCUAGCUAGUGAGUAGAAGCAAGCAAAUUGAAUUGCCUCAAAGCUGCUAUGUCCAUCAACAGGACUUGGAGGGUCCUCAGAGAGAGAAGCAUGGCGCAAGCACCAACGAAACGUGGGCUGAAUUUGAGCGCCGGCCCCAUCCUAGUUCUGCUUCUCCUACUGCCAGCAGCGCACGCAAUGCCAACCCUCGCGCACUCAGGGCGCAAGCUGCUUGCGACCCAACAAGUGGUGGAAGAAGCGGUGGCCUCCACGUUUGACUUCUUGACUGCGCUCAACACUGAUCUCAGGAACCCCUUGGCUACCGUCGAGAACGUCCCGUGCGAGGAGUUCCAACCGGCCACGGGAGCCUACUAUCUGACGGCCGCCUUUGAUGCCCCUGGCGAUGGAUUUCCCCUACCGGUUCCCGCCCGCACCUGCACUUUCAGGCCGAACCGCCCGGUAAUCAUCACUGUGGCUGACGUCCUCUGCUGGGCGGUUUGCUCCCCGUUCUACUGCGCCUGCUGCGAUGGCUCGGUGCAGCUUUCCACGGUCGGGGAUGACGUGUGCCCGAUCGAUCAGACGAUCACCGACUGCCCCGUCUGCCGCCAAGCCGAGGCAAAGGGCGGUACCUGGGCCGCUCUGCGCAACUCGACCGGUAACUUCGCCACGAUCACCGACCUCUCAACCGGUGAAACCACGCCCCUGGAGAUCUUUUUCGUCGACAAAGACUCCCCGGCGCAAACGCUCCCGGCCCACAGUUUCCUCAGCGAUUUGGACCUCUGGUACGGACCGGGGGCGCACGAGAUCGGACCGAGCCUUUACACCGGUUACUUCGCGUACCUUGACGCGGGCGUUUUGCGGUCGGGGCGUCGCUACCGGGUGGAAACCGUGUCGUCGGUUUACAACAACGGAGAUACGGUCGUGUAUGAUGUGAGUUGGAGAGAGAAGUUUCUGUGGAAGGUGUUAGAAGUAUUUGCGCACU